UAUUCUUGACUUAGGUUAAUUCAGAAGCAGAGACAAGAGAUCGACGCGAUUAAUACAUCAAUAUGGGUCGCAAACCUAACCGUAAGUUCAUCCCGUUCGAAUUAUCUCAAUAGCUUCAUUUUGACACUCUUGAAACCUCGAGUCAUCCUCCACCGGUCUUUCAUCCUCGUAAACAAGAAUGUUUACUGACCAUAAAUACCAACAGCGUUGAUCCUCAAGUACUUUGAAAGAGGUGCGAAGUUGAAUGACUCCAGCAACCGCUACCACCAUACCUGCAGAGCUUGCUCAGAAAAAUUCCCCAAAGGGAGACUCGACACCUUGACAAGUCACAUUUGCAAGAAAUGCCCCGCCUUGGAUCGCGCCCAAAAACAACGGCUCGUUCUAGAGUUUAAUAAUCUUCCCGAGAUUGCUGAUCGUACAAAUAAUCAGCAGAUGAAUAUUCAGACUGCAAACAAUCAUCAAACAACUGCAAUUCGUGGAAGACCGUUUCAAGGAAUGACGCCCCUUGAAACUUUGGCUGAAGUUUCAAGAGACAUGGCCGAGUCAGAGCAUCGAAAUCAUCGACCUGGCAAUGAAAGCCCGCAAGGUGAUGGUCAACAAUCAAUGUCCCGAGGUGACAAUCUUGAAUUACAGGAGCAAUACACUCUUGAUAACCCGCCUCUGAGCUACGAGUCACGACCUCAGCGCGACAAGAAGGGUAAGUGAAAAUGAUAAAUCAAUACCUCGACAGAGUACUGACAAUCUUGCAGGUAUCAAUCAGAAAAGUCACGGCAGUGAAUUCAGUUUCGGUCGCUCUCAAUCUGCCUCUCCGAACUCAAUGGCUGCAACCGCGGCAGCUGCUUCCCGGUUCAUUCCAUCAAUGGUGGACCCUCAACUCUUAAGCGAAGAUGCGGUAGCGCAGGAUAAAAUUUCUGAGGACAAGCUAACCCGUCAACUUGUCGAGGCAAACGCCAUGAGCGACGGUUUGUUCAAUGGAAGCUCUGAUAACCAACAUCAUUCUUGGGGUAUGAUGGAGGUUUCCAUGCCAGCGAGUCAAGCCGCAGCGAUGCAGGUUCAAGAUCAAAUGGCUCAUAUGGGUCAAAUGACAUAUCCAGAGCAUAACCCUACCGAGAAUACGUUCGAUAACGGCCAAUCCCAAACACAGAGCCCAAAAAACCACGCUCGAAUUGCCAUGAAUCCAAUGACCACUGAAUUUAGCGCUGAAUAUGGCAAUGGCCAAAAAGCCACCAAACCCAAAGUCCGAGGAAAGUUCAAUGAGGGCCGCAGAAAGGAGGUAUCUGACAUAAGGAAGAUUGGCUCAUGUAUUCGCUGCAGAAUGCUCAAGAAACCCUGCACUGCAGGGGAUCCUUGUGAUACUUGCAAGGGAGUCGAAAGUGCUCGUCUGUGGAAGACCCCAUGCAUCCGAACUCGGGUCGCACAUGAGCUUUGCCUGUACUCAGCAAAACUCCACACAGUACUUGCUCACCAUCAGGUUCUUGCCGCGAAGGCUUCGGCUACCUUUCAGAACUCACCAUACCAGAUUGAGGUCUCUCACUUUCCAGAAACCACAAUUUACGCCUCCUUCCCGUGCUUAGAAGCACACGAUUCUGAUACCGGCCUCACUUCCUAUAUUCUCGACACGGACCAUGAUGAUCUUUCGACCAAGCUCGAGGCAUAUGCUAAGCGUAUGAUGCCAAUUUUCAUUGAUAAUGAACCCUCUCAAUUCGUUCGAACUACUCUCCAAACUGCUCUCAAUCUUUCAAUUCAAAAGCAAGAUAAUUUUCUGAGUCGUGCUUUGGAAUUUUGGACAAUUGUGCACAUAUUUGUUGAUUCGGAAAUCAGGUGGGAAAUGUCUGCGAAGGCCAUUUCAGGUUUAUCAGAUGAAGAGGGUGGUCAGACCAAAUCAAUUCUUUCAACUGAAAGAUCAUUUGCUAUAAUUCACACUCAGUUGAAUGCUGCAGCCGAGAACAAAGCAUCUCAAAUGUGCAAGGGUAUACUGAACGAGUUGGAGAGACGUUUGCUUAACAAGGCUUCAAAGUCUUCUUUUGAACUGUUUUUGGUUGCCGUCAUUACUCUUAACUGUGUUGAGAAGUCCACCUGGCUUUUUAAAUGCUGGGAGGGAGAAGAUUUCCAUGGACAGUGGCCACUCGACAAGCCUCCUCAACAUUUUGCUAAUCAAGGUGAUGACCUCAUCAAUGUUCUUCAAAUGAUCUUGAGAAUGAGAGAGGUUCCACCAAAGACUUUUGUUCGACAAGACAAUGGUGUUCUUGCAGUUGAUGAUAUAUCUGAACAAGUUGUCAGGGAAUUCUUUGAACAAAUUCAACUUAGUUGUUAGUUUCUCUUCCUUGAUCAUCUCUAUACAAUUACUAAUCUAUAUAAACAGUUACCGAAGUUCAUGAUAAACAAGUUCGGUACUUCUUCGAUCCAGCAGACUCGAGAUCAUACGAGCUUCGCUACAUCUCUCGACUCCUCCUCCCUCAAGUUUCUAAUUAGAGGAAUUUCUUCUCCUCUCACUCACUCACUUUCCUUUCAAUUUCUGCAUUUCGUGCGGCCAAAUCUGCAGCAUUUUCGGCGUUUCACGGCUUCCAUACAGAGGGGCGUAUCGCAUAAAGAUUCAUGAUUGUGCAUAUGGGUGGAUAACUUUCUCUGUUUAGGGAUCGGUUAAGGUUAUGAUCAGCAGGGAGUUUGUGGUGCAAAUUGCUCAACUAUUGUCUUUGAAUAUAUCCCAAUUUUUCUUUCAAAAAUUCACAUUGGGAGGUUUACUCACUUCAUAUCUGAUCAAUCAUCUGAAGCAGACACAGGGCUCAUAUCAAUGUACCUUGUUGCUUUUUCCCUUCUUCUUUUUCUUUUUUUUGGCGCUAUACUUCAAUACACAUAGCUGGUUUUCAGCGAUACAAUACUAUGUUUUUGGCACCUAUUUA